AUGCUGGCCUCCAUGCCGAGGCCCCACGGCCGCCUCACGCUCGAGGAGGUCUUCAAGCGCCGACAGGCCGACGCCGAUCACAAAUUUAGCUACGACCACAUUAUACCGAAAAGCGUUAUCCGCGCGGACUACGCGCGGCGAGGGCUACGACCGGCCUUCGACGCAAACGGCCGCCCAAACGUGGUCAUCCGGGAGCUGUGCCAUCCCUCCAACCUCCAGUACGCGGACCUUUACGCCAACAGGAACAUUAAGGGUUCCGCGCGGCUGUCCGAAGUGUCCAAGGAGCACGAGGACUGGUACCAGGCGCGCCUCCUCUGUUUCUGGGACGAGGACGAGCUCAAAAAGCCGUUCGCCGACCGGACGCCGCGGCCCUUCGAUGAGACCAUUAGGAUGCUCAAGGCGGAGGCGGCGAGGGGCCACUGCUUCCUCGGCUUCGAGAAGGAGGUCCACCACGAGUUCAACUAUUAG